AUGGAUCGGGGAAAGUCUGCAGUGCCCAGCGUAAUUCUUCCAUUGAGUGUAGAGGAGAGUACAAGGCAAAGGGAGCUACUUCAAUAUUCAAGUGUGGUGGAAAGCAGGAAAUGGAAUCCAAGCUUGGAGCAAAAGCAGAUAUUAGAGUCUGUGUGGGCUUCUGGAACAAGAAAACCACCGUGUGAAGCCCAUAUAGAUGAAAUUACCUCUCAUCUACAGCGUUAUGGGAAAGCGGAAGCCAAAAAUGUAUAUUAUUGGUUUCGCAAUGAAGGUACUCGAGAGAAACGCAGAAAACAACAAUCAGAAGCCAUAAAUUCUGAUUGCUCUGCACAAUCAAACCAGUUGGGAAACAGGGUUAAUGUAGAGGGAGAAGAAGAAGAAGAAGUGCAGAGAACUUUGGAACUUUUUCCUCUGCAUCCUGAUAGAGGCGGUUUUGUUCUACAAAAUUUCGGACUUAGUAUGGUGAUUGCUUUGUAUUGCUUUGCAUAAGGCUAGGAAACAACCCUCAUCCUUUGUAAAUGCAUAUGAAUAAGGUUUAUUGUAGGCCAGGAACUGUUACUCUGUAGUGAUCAAUGGCUUAUUUUGCUAUGAUGGUCUAAAAAUUGCCAUUGAUCAAUUGCUUAUUUUGCUAUGUAGUAAUUCAACAAAAUUUCGGACUUGUUUUGUAUGUGAUAAGCAUACUGUUUAGCGUAUGCGCCAAGUAAUACAAACGGAACUUCUGUUUAGCUUUCAAUUCCUCAUGUAGUGAAUAACCCCCUUUUUCGUUCAAACGAAAGGGGAUAAAUAGGCAUCUUUCAAGGAUUGUGGGAAAUUGCAUUUUUAUAGUGGAAUGUGAAUGU